GCCAGGGAAACAAAGCGAGCGGUCCCCCUCCGUGGCCAGUGUCAGAGCUGUCAGCUGUAGCAACCCUCAGCGAGUACCAACCAGCUCGACAGAGACACCCGGAAGGCACCAAAGUGAAUUGAAGAGGGCAGCAUGAAUCGUUUUAAGACCUCGAAAUUCAAAAACACCACUCCAACAAUUGCCAAGAAAGAUGGCUGGAUCAACAAUGUCCGUGCUGGCUCCUUCUCAUGCCAGGGGAACCACAUCAAAGUGAGCUCCAAGCUGGUGGCCUUCAACACUGAACAGGCUGGUGGAGGAAUGCUGGGCCUGUCUUCGGUCAAACCUGGCUCAGACGGCAAAUGGACAGUCACUCAGAUUUCCUGUCAUGCUGAUGUUGUGACUGAUCUGGACUUUUCUCCUUUUGAUGAUCGUCUCCUGGCAACAUGCUCUGCAGAUGAAACGAUGAAGCUGUGGCGUGUAUGCGAUCCAGAGCAGGAGCAGCCCAGCGAGGCGGAGCUGACCCUGAGUCCAGGUCAGGGCAGGCUGGAGCUGGUCCUCUUCCACCCCACCUCCUCUGGGUUGCUGGCUCUGGGCGCCAACAAGUGCCCCCUGAUUUGGGACACGAGCCGCCAGGAUGCACCACUAGCAGUUCUGGAGCAGCAUGGUGACCAGCUGCAGAGUCUGAGCUGGAAGCAGGAUGGGUCCCUGCUGGCUUCCUCUUGCAAGGACAAGAUGCUGCGAGUGUUUGACCCCAGAGCUCAGCUGACACCUGUUCAGAGUGCCAAGAGUUUUCAGAACAACAAAGACUCUCGUGUCCUCUGGGCCAAAGAUGACCAUUUACUGACCACCGGCUUUGACAUGAUGCGUAGUCGGGAGGUGAGGCUGUGGGACCACAGGAAGCUGAACUCCUCUGUCGGCUCUGUGUCACUCGGCACUUCCAGUGGGACUCUGAUGCCUCUGUUUGAUGCAGAUACUGGUCUGCUCAUGGUGACUGGCAUGGGAGACACUGGGAUUGACUGCUUUGAGGUCACCGCCCACGAGCCAUUCCUCUCUCAAGUGAGCCACUGCAUGACGGACACCUCAACACGAGGUGUUGCCAUGGUGCCAAAGCUGGCACUGGAUGUCAUGUCCUGUGAAGUGGUGCGUGUGCUUCAGCUGACAGACAGCUGCAUCGUACCCAUCAGUUAUCAGGUCCCUCGCAAGCAAUCAGGCCAGGAGUUCCACGCAGACCUUUAUCCGGACACAGUGGGCACGACCCCGGCCAUGUCUGCUGAGGAGUGGUGGAAGGGAGGGAACAAGCAGGUGGAGAGAGUCAGCCUCCACCCAGACAAACAGCCCAAACCCAAGGCUGCCAGUCAGGCGCCUGCCAAGCGGGAUCUGCCCAGUGGUGGGAGCAAGGAGGAGUCGACACGUGGCUGCUCCACCUCCAGCAGUCCGCUGAGCACGGCCAGCAGUAGUGCUGCUCCGUCCCGCUCUCCCUCCACCACCUCUGGCCUCUCCUCAGGCUUCCUUCCCAGCCCCAGUCCCAGCCAGAGCAUCAAGACUCUGCACAACUUGAUGGGGCCCAGUUCAAAGUUCCGCCACAUCCAGGGGGCGGUGAUGCACAAAGACACCCACAUCACAAACCUGCGUGGCCUCAACCUCACCACACCCGGCGAGUGUGACGGCUUCUGCGCCAACGCCCGCCGCGUGGCAGUGCCCCUCGCCAUCGCUGGAGGCCAGAUUGCUGUGUUUGAGCUCUCGCAGCCUGGCAAGCUGCCAGACACAGCACUGCCAACCAUCCAGAACUCAGUUAAUGUGGCUGACUUCUGCUGGGACCCCUUUGACACACACCGGCUGGCUGUGGCUGGUGACGAUGCCAAGAUCCGGUUGUGGCAGGUACCAGAGGGAGGGCUGACAGAGACCCUGACUGAGCCUGAACUCAUCGUACAGGGCCACACCGAGAAGAUCUACUCCAUUAAGUUCCACCCUCUAGCCAGCGAUUUGCUAGUGUCUUCAUCCUACGACCUGACGGUUCGGCUCUGGGACCUGGAGAAGGGAGAGCAGGUCAAGGUCCUCACUGGACACCAGGACCAGGUUUUUGGAAUGGCGUGGAGUCCAGAUGGCAAGUUGCUGGCCACAGUGUGCAAAGAUGGGAAAGUUCGUAUCUAUGACCCUCGCAAGUCUGCGGAGCCCGUGCAGGAGGGUCCUGGACCUGAAGGCCACAGGGGGGCCCGUGUGGUGUGGGUGUGUGACGGAAAGUACCUCUUGGUGUCGGGAUUUGACAGUCGCAGUGAGAGAGAGCUCUACCUGUUCUCCGCUGAGUCCCUGUCCUCCGGGACCAUAGCCGUCGCCCCGGCAGACGUCUCCCCCUCCACACUGAUCCCCUUUUACGACCCUGACACCAGCGUGGUCAUCCUCACUGGAAAGGGCGACACGCGCGUCUACAUCUUUGAGAUAAUGCCAGAGGCUCCGUACUUUUUGGAGUGCAGCAGCUUCAACUCACCUGAGCCACAUAAGGGCCUGGCCUUCCUGCCUAAGACUGAGUGCAGUGUGCGGGAGGUGGAGGUAGCUCGGGCUCUGAUGCUCAGCAAGACGAGCAUUGAACCUGUGGCCUUCACAGUGCCCCGGGUCAAGAAAGAGUUUUUCCAGGACGAUGUGUAUCCCGACACGGCGGUGUGGUGGGAGCCGGCGCUGACCGCCUCCGCCUGGCUCUCUGGCUCCAACGGCCAACACAGAAGGAUCAGCCUGAAGCCUAAAGACAUGACACCAGUGAGUGAGGCCCCCAAAGAGGCUCCAGUCAGGAAGUACUUGCCCUCUGCUGUCUACCUGGAGGAGAAGACUGAUGAGCAGAAGAAAGAGGAGCUGCUGAGUGCCAUGGUGGCCAAGCUAGGGAACCUGGACGACCCGCUGCCACAGGACUCCUUCGAGGGUGUGGACGACGACGAGUGGGACGACUAGAGGCAGACGUCGCCCUGCCCUCGGCUCGGCCUCGGUGCAAGCAGCAGAGAGAGAGAGAGAGAGAGAGAGGGGGACCUGCUCCAGUCUGACGUUGCCAUUCCUGCGUGCUACGGUGCCAGAGUCAUCCCUUAAAUUACAGCAGCCGACAUCUCAGCCUAUCGACCUUACACCCUCCUCGCACAUGUCAAGAAAUACUGUAUGACGUGACGCUUCAGCAAAAGUGUAAAUAACCAACAACAGCAUUCUCAAAACUGUAAUGCAGAUUCCAGUGUAAAUCCGACAGUGGCGUUUUCAAACAUUCCAAGGUUUUCCUAACAAAAUUGGUUGUCUGUGUGCAUGUUACCUCCGAAAUAUCCAGCACAGUUGUGAUCACAGAGCCGCUGCUCUCCUCUGCAGUGGCCGGCCAGGCGAACACGCUCGGUCACCGUCUGUCUUUGGAAAUGUGAUGUGGCAAAAAAGAGAAACUCUUCAUGGUCUUGUGAACAAGUGAACACCAUGCAUUUGGGAAAACAGUAUCCCUUGUCUUCCAGUUUGGUCACCCCGUCCGACCAAUUACAAAGGGCACACACACACACACACACACACAAACACACACAAAUGCACAUGCCAACACGUCAGUCACUUCAGCCACUGCAGCUGUGCAUCACACUGAUUGUAUACCUCCAGCGACUUAGGGAUGCAUGUGUGAUUUUACUGUAAUGUGUCCAAGCUCACACGCCUCCAGCAGCAAAAACCACUCAGAGGAAACAACAGGGUCACCAACGUUCAUGUUUCACCAUGAACCGGACUUUCUAUCGACAGGGACGCCUUUUUAUUUCUCUGGCCAGUGUUAUGAAAUGCCAUUUUAACGCCAUUCUCUGUUUAUGUAUUUGCACCAGUCAGUUCGAGGUGAAUGUUUUGCUAUUUGGGAAAUAAGUAGGUGGUGAAAAUAGCAUUUUAUUUUAAUGCACCAGAAGCCAAACCACCUCCUCAUGGAGUUUUAGAGACACCUGUAUCUGCUUUAGGAGUAUAACUGUCUCUUUCUUACUUCUUUCUUGCUUCCUUUUCAUUCUUAUCAUUCUCUCAUUUCUCUGUACGCAGCACAAUUUAACUUUUUAUCUCUACAUCAGCAUCAGUUCUCAGACUGUUUCGAGCAUUCCUCACUUAUAGAGCUAAUUUUCUUAUUUGAUAUCAAAGGUAUGUAAUCAUGGUGUUAAUUUGACAGUAUCAGUACAGUAUUAAUGAAUUACAGUGCAUUCAUUAACAGCCAUCGUAAUUUCUAAUCAGGGCUACAGCACAAUGCAAUAUUGUCAGUGAUCCAGGCUUGAACCCACUGUGUUGUUUACAACCACUGAUCAACUGGAAUGAGGCGACUCAGCCACGCAUGGUAGAGCACAUCAUGUAAUACACACGAGCUGUAGUGUUAGUGUAUGUGUGGUGUAUUUGUGCUUGUGAUUCUCAAAGGUGUACUUUGUAUUUUCUGGGAUAUUAACUUGCCUUCCAUUGUGUAAGAAAACUUCUUUUUUAUACAUUGAGUAAAGCAUUGUUUUCUCUGGCUUACUUGAGUAAUGGUUUGUGGAUUUUUUUUUUUCAUUGUUGCCUCGCAAUAAACACUUUUUGAACCUA